UUCAGCUCUGAGCGAUGUAUGCAAGUGGGGCCAAGGAGCGGCCAAGGUGCUGAGCCAAAUAAAGAGGGAUAUAUCACCGAAAACCCAAGCCCAGGGAACCAAAGGACCUCAGAAGAAGCCUCAGCAGCCAUGUCGAAGCCCCAUAGUGAAGCCGGGACUGCCUUCAUUCAGACACAGCAGCUGCACGCAGCCAUGGCUGACACGUUCCUGGAGCACAUGUGCCGCCUGGACAUUGACUCUCCACCCAUCACUGCCAGGAACACUGGCAUCAUUUGUACCAUUGGCCCAGCUUCCCGAUCAGUGGAAAUGUUGAAGGAGAUGAUUAAGUCUGGCAUGAACGUCGCUCGUCUAAACUUCUCUCACGGAACUCACGAGUACCAUGCAGAGACCAUCAAGAAUGUCCGUGCAGCCACAGAAAGCUUUGCUUCUGACCCCAUUCUCUAUCGGCCAGUUGCUGUGGCUCUGGACACUAAAGGACCUGAGAUCCGAACUGGGCUCAUCAAGGGCAGCGGCACUGCAGAGGUGGAGCUGAAGAAGGGAGCCACUCUUAAGAUCACUCUGGAUAACUCCUACAUGGAGAAAUGUGAUGAGAACAUCCUAUGGCUGGACUACAAGAACAUUUGCAAAGUGGUGGAAGUGGGUAGCAAGAUUUAUGUGGAUGAUGGACUUAUUUCUCUGCUGGUGAAGGAAAAAGCAUCUGAUGUCCAUGAAGUUAGGAAGAUCCUGGGAGAGAAAGGAAAGAACAUCAAGAUUAUCAGCAAAAUUGAGAAUCAUGAAGGAGUUCGAAGAUUUGAUGAGAUCCUGGAGGCCAGCGAUGGGAUCAUGGUGGCUCGUGGUGAUCUAGGCAUUGAGAUUCCUGCAGAGAAGGUCUUCCUUGCUCAGAAGAUGAUGAUUGGGCGGUGCAACCGAGCUGGGAAGCCUGUCAUCUGUGCUACACAGAUGCUGGAGAGCAUGAUCAAGAAGCCCCGCCCCACCCGGGCUGAGGGCAGUGAUGUGGCCAAUGCAGUCCUUGAUGGAGCCGACUGCAUCAUGCUGUCUGGAGAAACAGCCAAAGGGGACUACCCUCUGGAGGCUGUUCGCAUGCAGCACCUGAUUGCCCGUGAGGCAGAGGCUGCCAUCUACCACUUGCAAUUAUUUGAGGAGCUCCGCCGCCUGGCGCCCAUUACCAGCGACCCCACAGAAGCCGCCGCCGUGGGUGCUGUGGAGGCAUCCUUCAAGUGCUGCAGUGGGGCCAUUAUCGUGCUCACCAAGUCUGGCAGGUCUGCUCACCAGGUAGCCAGAUACCGCCCACGUGCUCCCAUCAUUGCGGUGACACGGAAUCCUCAGACAGCUCGCCAGGCCCACCUGUACCGUGGCAUCUUCCCUGUGGUGUGUAAGGAUCCAGUCCAGGAUGCCUGGGCUGAGGAUGUGGACCUCCGAGUGAACUUGGCCAUGAAUGUUGGCAAGGCUCGAGGCUUCUUCAAGAAGGGAGAUGUUGUCAUUGUGCUGACUGGAUGGCGCCCUGGCUCUGGCUUCACCAACACCAUGCGUGUAGUACCUGUGCCAUGAUGAUCCCUGGAUCCCCUUCUGCCCCUGCCCUAUCCCCUUCCCCAACCCAUCCAUUAGGCCAGCAAUGCUUCUAGUGCUCACUCUAGGCUGUAGUGUGGCACUGGUGGGCUGGGACACCAGGGAAGAUUAAGUCUGUUUUUAGACCCUGCUCGAGUGGGAUAGCCAGAGCCUGGCUGCAUCAUGUGGUCCCACCCAAAAGGGGGCAAAAGAGGAACAUAAGACUGGAGGCUUCCAGACCUAUGGAAAGAAGGUGACAACUCCUUCUCCUCUAGUUAGUUCCUAUAGAAAGUGGAUGCCCAGAGAACUCCUAGCCCUGGCCUGGGGUCAGGAGACAGCCAGCUGGGGUAGGAGCUUAGGGUGUAGGGCAGUGAUUCCAGUGUAUGCAAAUGGACCCUGACACUUAUUUGCUUCCCCAACUGCCUCAGCCUCCCCCACUCCACCUUGUUGUGCACUGUGUUGUUCUCCUGCACUCCACUGGGCUGACGUUCAUGCUGCAGAAAAACACUCCACCCCCUGCCUUCCAUUUUCCCCACACUGCAGCCACCUCCAGGCCUGUUGCUAUAGAGCCUACCUGUAUGUCAAUAAACAACAGCUGAAGCA